AUGCUUGUUAUAUUGAUUGAUUGCUUGCUGUAAGGUAUGAAUUAUGCAUUCGGUAGCUAGCUAGUAUUUUAAUUGACGGUUGUAACAUUUCAGUGAGUGCUACAUACAUUCAUACCUCGUUUUCAUUAUAAUUUUUUUUUUUUACAAAUAGACUGUAUUGUAUAGUAGCCAACAUGAUAACGUUGGUUUGCUAACGCAUUAGAAUUUUGUUGGGAAUUGAAUUGCUUAGUUAGACUAGCACAGGGUCAGAUAGACAAUUAGCUUGGACAAGUCUUCUUCAAAAUUAUGGCCAGCAUUGAUGUGAACACGAGCAAAGGACGACCUGUCAGCGGGCACACGUCAUGGGCUUGCAUAUCACAGGAGAUUCAACUGUCUGACAUCCUUCUUUCUGUACAGUUAACUGACGAUACUGACCUCAGUCAGUUUGACAGAGACACACCAGACCGGUGUCUUCCAGUGCUUCUGGAGCAGGUAGAGGAGGGCUCUCCGUGUGUCCUAACCCUGGCCUGUGCCCCUCACUGCCCUGCCCUCAUCACCAGCCUGCUGGUCACCAGUGAGGCCCGUACCAUAGAGGUCUAUUCCCUGGCUGGGGACUAUUGUGGCACAUGCCGUGGGGAGAGCCAGCCCGACACACCGCCGGACAGCAGUGCAGAAAGAGGACCAUUCUACAGGAAACAGCUAAUAUUGGAGUGCCCAACCCAAUCAUGUUCAGUGAAGUUGCUCUCUCUGGGUGGACGAAGCAGCGUGGCUGUGGCUCGGAUCGUGACGGGACUGCAGAUGCCGAAGCCCGCAGACGGCUGCCCAAGCCUGGGGCCCAGCAUCGACAUGCUCCGCGUGCGGUCCAUGAUGGAGGAGAUGGGCACCACCCUCUCACCGGGGGCCCAGGGCCUCAUGGACAUGGUGCAGAUGCAGCAGAAGAGCAAGGCUGACGCACUGAGUGGGUUGCUGCCUCUCCUGAUGAGUGGCGGGGCUCUGUCUGCUCUGGCUAAAGGAAUGAACAGGCCCCCUGCCACUACACCCGACAACCGGCCUCAGCCCUCGGUCAACCACACUCCUCCGCCAGACGAGAUGUCCCGCUCUGUUUCGCCGGACCCAGGUCCCGAGUGUCCCGUAGCGCCCGGCAGCCCGGCGGACCUGGCGACGCCUUCCCUUAGCGGCGUGCCCGGAGGACGGAGGCCCUGCAUUGGCCCAGACAUGCUCCCCAUGCUGCAGAGUGUUUGCGGGCAGGUGACUCGGCUCCGCAUCGAGGACGCAGCGAAAACGUCAGACGGCCCGCGGAAGGAGCAUGCAUGCUGCAGGGAGCUGGAGCAGAUGAUGGAGAGGCGCCUGGAGCAGAUGGAAAGGAGACUGAUGGAGCAUAUGGACCAGAGGCUGGACUCCCUACAGCAGCGCCUGGAGACGGCCCUACUGCAGGCCCUGCCCCUGGCCCUUCCCCUCAACCACCUCAAGACCACUGUGCCCACGCUUGACCAGAACCACAGUGUCCAGUCUCAGGCCCUGCAUUGAUUUCAGAGCUACUGUAGUGCACAAACCCCUCAUCAGCCCGCUGAAUCAGCCGAUACUUCACCUACUCUAACAGCCAAUGACUACAGCGCCUCCCACUGACUACAGCACAAACCCCAGAUGGCGCUUAGCCGUGUGCUUUAUCCCAAACCCCCUGCACUGGCUCAACACUAUGAUCCAACUCAUCAGAUUCAAGCUGCUAACCUGAUGUGUAGUUUUAUCACUUGAAACAUUUUUGUAAAUUAAUACCUGCCUAUUGUAAAUGUAAACCUUUUUCUGUAUAUUAAUAGAGGGUUCUGAAUAACUGUAUAACGGAAUGUACUGUGUGAUCAAGAGUGAAAAUGAAUAUAUUUAUACUGUAAAAAAACUAAAAAAGGCCUUGUGUGUUCUGUUUGAGCCUGAAUAUAAAUUAACAAAGAAUAUGAUCUCUGGUUCA